AUGUUUUUUCCUCAUUGAUUGUGUUACAGUUAUUGCGAAUAUAUUUUAACAUGGUAAGAUACGUUGUGGUGGGUGGUGGCAUCGCUGGAGUAACCUGUGUUGAAACGCUUUCAUCUCUAUGCCCAGAAGAAGAAGUUCUUCUUAUAACAGCCUCCCCAUUGAUUAAAGCCAUCACAAACUAUAAAAAGAUUACGAAAACCUUGGAGGAUUUUGAUGUAGAGGAGAGACCUAGUAUAUCCUUACAAUCAGAGUGUGUUAAUGUAAAAGUAGUACAGAAAAGUGUGGAUUCUCUCAAUGCCAGGUCACAUGUAAUAAAACUGAGUGAUGGUGAGGAGAUCCAUUACCAGAAGCUGUGCCUUUGUACUGGUGGACGACCAAAGCUUAUUCUAGAUUGCAGUCCAUACAUACUGGGAAUUCGUGACACAGAAAGUGUACAGGAAUUUCAGAAGAGACUUUCUACAGCCAGAAGAAUAAUGGUGCUGGGCAAUGGAGGCAUAGCUACAGAACUUGUUUAUGAGAUAGAGGGGUGUGAAGUGAUAUGGGCCAUUAAGGAUAAGUCCAUAAGCAGUACAUUUGUAGACCCUGGGGCAGGAGAAUUCUUCAUGGCAGAGAUCAACAAAAAGAAAGAGGCUAGAGGAGAAAAACCAUCCAAACGACUCAAGUAUACUGUUCAAGAUGUCAGGACUCAGAGUACAAAAGAUAGUCCCCUGGGAGGAGCCCUGGGUCCUGAUUGGUCAGCAGACCUAUCCAUGACUGGCACUCAGGAGAUUUCACAUUGUGUGACAGUAGAGAAAUGUGUGGAAGUACGGAGGGUAUAUACAAAGGAGGAAUUCCAAGAAUCAGGGAAAUGGUCUACAGACCUCAUGGGAAACGUAGAUCAGGAUUGCUGGCCUAUCUACAUAGAGCUGACUAAUGAUAAAGUGUAUGGCUGUGAUUUUUUAGUCAGUGCCACUGGAGUCAUCCCUAAUACGUCCCCAUUCUUACCUGGGAAUCAGUUUUCUCUGGCAGAGGAUGGUGGUAUAUGUGUGGAUGACAAAAUGAGGACAUCGGAGGAAGAUGUGUACGCAGCUGGAGAUGUUUGUACUGUGAGCUGGGAACCGGCACAGCACUGGUUACAGAUGCGACUUUGGUCCCAAGCCAGACAGAUGGGUGCCUACUCGGCUCAGUGCAUGGUGGCAGAUAUAAAGGGCCAAUCAAUAUCUCUGGAUUUCUGUUUCGAAGUUUUUGCUCAUGUUACGAAAUUCUUUGGCUAUAAAGUCAUCCUCUUGGGGAAAUUCAAUGCUCAAGGACUUGGGAGAGACUAUGAAAUUUUACUUAGGGUUACAAAAGGCUCUGAAUACGUGAAAGUUGUAUUAAGAAAUGGACGAAUGGAGGGGGCUAUUCUAAUCGGUGAGACUGACCUGGAGGAAACAUUUGAAAAUCUCAUUCUGAAUAAGACUGACUUAACUCCCUUUAAGGAUCAUUUGUUAGAUCCAGAUAUCGAUAUAGAGGACUUCUUUGAUUGAGAGAUUUUAAGACGAUGUCUGUAAAAUCUGUCAUUUUCUUUAAUAAAGAUCAUAAUAAAACA